CAGUCAUGACAACGAGAACAUGUUGUAAGCCAUCACAUUCGCUGAAGAGCACACACUUUGCAGUUCAAGGUUCCCCAAAACAUCGGACGUCUUUUUCUUCCUUUUAAUAAAAUAUAAGUAAACGUAGCUCAUGUAUUAUGCCCUUGCGUAUGCAACAAGCACUGAAUGUCGUGCCACCUAGCAAAGAGCGUCACACAGAGGUGAAGAUCGCCCUUGCCCGGCGAGAUCUCGCCCUGACCCGCGGAGCCAUGAGUAUUCCAUGGCGGGGAUCGCACCAGGCUUUACCGCCAAGCAAGAGCAAAAUUUUUACCAAGCUGUUCGAAAAUUCGAAGCGUAUGUUCGGCGAUCCAGACCAGAAGCUGACUUGCUUGUACGAUCGAAUGAUUUUAGCUGGCCGUGGAACACCUAUGGACAAAGAUCUAUUAAAAGCCCCGACAUGCUGCCGCUAUCACUGGCUUCAGUACCAAACCGGUAAGCAACGACUCAUCGAUGCUGUUCUACCGUAUGAAGACCUGUUUCAACCGCCCACCCCGGUCUCCAAAGCCCUGCGAAACCUCCGUAAACCCGAUCAGCUUUCCAGAAGAGUUUGGUGUGAUUUGAACCGGAAUGCACGAGUACAGGCAACCAUUGCCACUGUAAUCGUCAGAUGGCACAAUGUACGCAAUGAUCCUGGUUAUGACAUAGACUCUCUAUACGCCACGCUGCGCCCUUACGGUGAGAUCGACAACAUUGUUCAGACCAGUCCUCUCAGUGCGCGAGUCAUGUUCUGUGAUCUCCAGGCAGCCUGUCAUACUGUGGCCGAACACUCCUUAGGACGACCUGACAACCCUCUGCUGUGCCUGUGGUAUCACAAAUCCAUGAAGAACAAGCGCUUUUACGUUAGAAGGCGACAUCUCCAUGUUUCUUUUGACCCAUCUGCUACUUAGACUAUGUAAACAUUAUUGAACACAUGCACUAUAAAUUGUUUUAACACAACACACCAAAAAUGCAGAACGAGGAGGAAAAUGCCGACACAUUCAUUUGAAUAUAUUUUUAUAAUAAAUUCAGUUAAGCACACAUGAUACAUAAAUCUGAAACUAGGACAAAUAUGUUUAAAAGCUUAUUUCUUACACUCUACAAAAUAAUUCCAUGUAACAGUCUUUGAUUGUGGGUUAAGCAUAGUAGUUCCAACCUGAAUAAAACUACGAAUGUCAACUAUGAAUGUCAAGUAAACAGUCAUGUUCAUCAUUAAUUGUUAAAAAUCAAAAUUGAAGCUGCCCAACUUUCCAGCAUGGAAAACAAGGUGAAAACUUAAACAACACUUUUAUAGGAUUAUGUAUUUACAAGAUUGUAUGGUAAAAAUAUAUAAAUUAAAUGGUAUAGUGAAAUAUUAUAAAUAUAUGCCGUCAAAAAUAUGAAUUUACUGUAUAGAUAGGUAAAAGUUAUUUUGUUCACACGCACCAUGUUAAAGCAACGUUUCUGCAAAAUGGGUGGAAUAACGUUUGUUUUUUAUAUUUAAAGAAAUCAGUUUUCAAUGCUUCAAGUAAAAAAAAAAACAAAGUCAUGCAUGCAAAUGGAAGAGCAAAAGAGAUUUAUGUAAAAUUCCCAG